AUGGAGAACGACGGGAGAUUUGAGUCUGGGGGGAACCCCACGGAGAAUGUUGCACGCCGUAUCGGUGCACGCAGUAAUGGUCGUAUCGUACGUGUAUACUUUAGCUUGCCGUUCCGAGGUAUGGAGAGCGAGAGGGAGGAGCUGACACAGAAACAAUGGCCCAGGUUAGCCAGCAUAUGCAGUAAAGCAGGUUUUGAGUUCGUACCUGUUGAUUUGAGAUGCGGAAUUACGUCUGAAAUGUUCGAAAACGCGGGAACGUUAGAUUUGAGUUUGCGUGAGAUAGACCGGUCUGACAUAUUCGUUGGAUUUGCUGGGCAGCAAUACAGUUUGCAUGGCGAAGACAAACUACUGCAGAAGAGUUUUGAUUCUGCAUCUACACAAUACCCGUGGGUGAAUGAGUAUCGUAACAGAUCAGUUACUGAGAUAGAAUUCUUACAUGGACAUCUGAGAAAUCCUGGAGAUAAACCAGCCUGCUUCUUCUUCAGAGACAAAGAGUACGAUAACAAGAAAGUCAUUGAACAUGAGACAUCGGAAAGCGAGACGGAAGCAAACAAUUACAAAUCAGUUAUCGAUGGACAAGAUUCAUCUUCAUUACUAGAUGAUUUGAAAACAAGAAUUUUAGAGUCUAGAGACAAGUGUCUGAAAGUGGUAGACAGUUAUUCUGACCCAGUCGACGGAGCCAAAAGAAUGUUUGAAACAGUUGAGAAAUACUUGCGAGAAACUGUUUUGAAAACUCCCGCAAAAGAUACAACAGACCACGAAAAAACUUCCCAUCUACACAACGCAUAUUGCAAUAGUCGCCUUGGUGUCGGUGCUAAUAAGGAGUAUAUCGGAGGCGACAAGUACCUGGAAGAGGUCGAGAGGCAUGUGCUACCGGACGUCGAGGGGUAUCAGAAUAAACCAUUACUGAUUUUAGGUAACCCAGGUUCGGGUAAAACAAGCCUGCUGGCGAACUGGAUACAUAAACACCAGAAACACUACCCAGAAGACAUCAUUGCCGCUCAUUUUGUCGGAUGUGCCCCCAAAAGUACAAGCGAACAGGACGUGUUAAUAAGGUUGAUGACCGUACUAAGCUUGGGAUUCUCUGAAAAAUCGAGACUUUCUAAAAACGAUGAAAUGAACAAUUAUUACGACUCUGAGAACAGCUCGACAGCAAACAAUACUUACGAAAAAUUGAGAAAAAUGGAUAUUUACAAAGUCGUCCGAGAACUUCAAGAUUUGCUGAAGAAGAUCUCCGAAAGUGGAAUGCGUGCAGUAAUUAUUAUCGAUGCUUUAAAUAAAAUGGAAUCCAUGCACAAAACAAAUCAGGAAUUGUAUUGGCUUCCGACAGAGCUUCCCAUGGGCGUAUCAUUAUUAAUAUCCAGCCAGAAUGAUACGAAAUCAACAAAGAUUUUAUUGGAGGACCGACAGUUUGAUAAAUUGGACGUGGGACCUUUGGAUGUAGAAGACAGAGAACGAAUUAUUAAGGAAAUACUCGAUGUACGUGGUAAGCGACUGGAAGUUGAACAAACUGAAAAGAUAAUUAACAAACCACAGACCGAAAACCCCCUCUUUCUGAAAAUUUUGUUGCAAGAUUUGUGCAACUUUGGCUCUUUUGAGAAACUUGAAGAACAUCUUGAGAGCUUGCUAUCGGCUGACAGUACGAAAGAGCUAUUCAACAAUGUAUUGGAGAGAAUGGAAUCGUCCGUUGACCCGAGCAGUACAGGCAGAGAGAGCAUACUCAGCAAGGUAAUGAGUUGCAUUGCCGUGUCUCGCUAUGGUCUAUCGGAAAAGGAAAUCAAAUCAAUUGUUAAUAUCCCUGAUCACAUCUGGUCACGGAUCUAUUUCACCAUGGAAGAGUUCUUCAUUGAUAGAGUUGGCAUUCUUGCUUUUGCUUAUGACGAAUUGUUGGCAACAGUAUACGAUCGAUAUUGUGACGAUGAAGGCACAAGAGUCUUGUAUACGAGAAUGGUUUCCAGUUAUUUUCAAGGCAGUCUAGAUGGAGUAGGAGACACGUUUAACAAAGAUAUAAAAGUGGUGUAUAGGAUAGUUGAUGAGUUACCAUGGUUACUGAAUAAACUGAAAGACAACGAGCAGAUGAAAAAGUGUCUCACGCACUUGGGGCUUUUUAUGUCCAUGUUUUCUGACACUGAUGGGAAAUACGAUUUAUAUGAAUAUUGGAAUUAUUUAGAUAGCAAAGGCAAUGAAAUAUCUGAUUUGUAUAUGAAAUCUGUUGAUAAACAAGUGGCAAACAUGUACACAGAGUGGUUUGAGAAAUAUAAUGAGGUAAAAUCCCCAGCAAAAGAGUUGUUAGCAGUUGUGUAUGCAAUUGGUGAAUUAAUAUACAACAGUGGUCAUCCUAGGGAGUGCAUACCAGUUCUCAAAAGAGUGUUGCGACUUCAGAAAUAUGCAUAUACAGAGGAAGAAUUACUUGUUGACACCAACGCAGCGACACUGAACUAUAACACGUUAAAUAAACUUGCAAUCUCAUAUAGCGACACGGAGAACUUCGAUGAAAGUGAACGGAUAUUCCACAAAUGCUUAGCAAUAAAUAAGAAGUUCGGAGACAGGUUUGAUGACAGUGGUGCAAUAAUGAAUGAUCUAGCUGUUUUAUAUGAACGGCAGGGGAAACACGAUGACGCGAAGAAACUUUAUGAAAAGGUUCUAGAAAUACGUCGCGCUACCCUAGAUGAGAAUCAUAUACUUAUUGGCGAUUCUCUCAACAACAUUGGGACUCUGUUAUUCCACACAACGAGGUUCGAAGAAGCUAUAGAGUACUUGAACCAAGCAAUUGAAGUAUACGAAGUAUAUUAUUUUGGUCGAUUCCAUCCUGAUGUCGCAGAAGCAUUAAGCAAUCUAGCUAGUUGCUACAUGAAUUUGAAACAGUGUGAUAAAGCGGGUAAAAUAUAUGAAAGAGUGCAUGACUUGACUGUGAAAGCUCUUGGUGAUCAACAUCCCGAUGUUGCUGAGAAACUAAUGAACUGGGGAAUGUUUUGCCAAUCACAAAGAAAUUAUUUAUCAGCUUUGGAUAUGUAUGAACGAGCAUUGCAAAUAUUCAAGACGGUGUUUAACGACGAACACAUGCGAGUUCUAUGCGUGAUGGAAAACAUCGCCUUCGCGUAUGCAUUGCUCGGAAGACACGACGAUGCACAUCCAUACUUUUCAGAAGCAGGUGAAAUUCUCCAACGCACAGGAAGAAUAGAUUCAUCAUUACCGGACCUUAAUAACGCCAUGUUAAACUACUACAUCGAUUCUCGCCGCUAUGAUGAUAUCAGGAUACUCUUAGAGCGUACUCUGGAUGCCAAAUUCGCAAAAGCUGAGCACUUUAUUAUGUUGGAUAAAUUGGAUAAUAUGGUCGUUGACGAUGAAAGGCCGAAAAGACGUUAUGAACACACUUUGGAUUAUGCACUAACAAGAUUCCCCAAUGAUGAGGAGUUAUUAGAAUAUAUAGAAGAAAAGAAAUAGUAAAGCACGAGUGGAUGGCUUUCGACGUGGUAUAUGAAACGUGGUGCAUAUAUGGCGUCGAGAUUGUAGUGUUUAUGGAAUCGAAAUACGACUAGACAAUGCCGAACGUUUCAAAUGAACAUUUUGUGUUAUCAUAGGUCCACGCAUCUGAUCCACUAUUAUUCUGGCG